AUGGGACUGAACCCAAGUUCCUCGCUGACCCUUCUCGCUCGCAGGGUCGCAGUUCUGGCCCCUCUUUGGUGCUCCAAGUUCCUCAGCUACAUCACCGGCUGGCUCUGUGUCAUCUGUUGGCAGUGCACGGUAGCAUCUGCCGCCUACCUCUCAGGCACGCUGAUCCAAGGUCUGCUGGUGCUCAAUCACCCCGGCUACGAGUUCCAGCGCUGGCACGGCACGCUCCUGCAUAUCGCAGUCAUCCUCGUUGCCUUGUUCUUCAACACCAUCACCAAACCGCUGCUCCCGGCCAUCGAACUCAUGUUCCUGGGCCUCCACGUCGUCGGCUUCUUCGCCCUCAUGAUCCCGCUGAUCGCCAUGGCCCCGCACGCCAGCGCCAAGGAAGUCUUCGCAACCUUCUACAACGGCGGGGGCUGGUCGACCGAUGGUCUAUCCUUCUUCGUCGGCUUGACCGCCACCAUGUUCUCCUUCGUCGGUGAGCGACGCAAUGCCCCCACCCCCCCGUCUUCUCGACUCCCCAAUAUAUCUGACCCUCCCCCGCCCCCCGCAGGCUGCGACGCGGCCUCGCACCUCGCCGAAGAGAUCCACCACGCCUCGACGACCAUCCCGCGCAGCAUGUUCGCCUCUGUCGCGCUCAACGGCAUCCUCGGCCUCGGCGCCGUCAUCGCCAUCGCCUUCUGCCUCGGCGCCGGCGACCCCUCGGCCAUCCUCUCCACCCCGACGGGCUACCCGGCCAUCCAGAUGUUCGCCAACGCCGCGACGCCCACUAACCGGGGCCGCGCCGCCGCCACCGCCAUGUCGUCCGUCCUCGUCCUCGCUUGCGUCGCCGCCACCAUCAACGUGCUCGCCUCCGCCAGCCGCAUGCUGUGGGCGUUCGCGCGCGAGCGGGGGCUGCCCGCGUCGGCGUGGCUGGCGCAGGUGGUGCGCGUGAGGAGUGGUACAGUACCCGCGCCGUACUGGUGGUCGAGCUCAAUAUGCGUCGGCAGCACCACGACGUCGACGUCGUCGACCGGUACUACGACCUGCAGCGCAACCGCCGCCAGCGGCAGCAACAACGACAACAACAACAACGAUGCCAACGCAAACGCAGACGCAAACGCAAACGCAAACACCCUCCCCCUCCCCGCGCUCCUCACCACCGCCGCCAUCGCCUCCCUCCUCUCCCUCAUCAACAUCGCGUCCGCCGCCGCCUUCAACGCCCUCACCUCCCUUGUCGUCGUCGCCAGCUACGCCACCUUCGCCGUGCCCGCCGCCGCACUCCUCCUCCACCGCCUGCGUCUAGUGCGUCCUCUUCCUCCUCUUACUCCUCCUCCUCCUCCUCCUUGCUUCCCCCCCGCCGCCACCACUUCCGCCAUCACGACCACCACCACGACAGCGGACAUCCACGCCCUCACCCCCGACCACUUCCUCCCCUUCGGCCCCUUCAGCCUCGGCCCCAACGCCAUCGCCAUCCCUGUCAUCGCGGCCGCGCUGGCUUACAGCCUCGUCGGUGCGUUUUUUUUCGCUGUGGCCGCCUGGCGUGGACGAGGAGGCGGCGGGCAUGAAUUGGAGCGGGGUCGUCUUCGGGGCGGGGUGCGUGUGGAGUUUGGCGUAUUGGGGGGUGUGGGGGAGGGGGGUUUACAGGGGGCCGGUCGUGGAGAGGUAGGUGGGGGUGAGAGGGAGUGGGGGGGAUGGGAAGGGGGAGGGGAUGAGGCUGUGUGGAGGGGAUGGGGAAGGCGGAGGGGGAGGGAGAAGGACGAGGGGGAGGGGGAGAGGGAAGGGAUGGUGAAGGGAGAAGAGAAGACGGAGGGAAGGUGGAGGGAGAAGAGAAGGCGGAGGGAGAAGGGCGGUCGCAUGGUGCACCCUGCUCUCCUCCGGUGUCAGAGGCUACGCAGUAGCACGGCGCUACUGCCAUUACCCGUUAAAGUAGGCGGCCAGAAAAUCUGA